UGGUCUGUCCUUCCUCCUUUCUCUCCCUCUAUUUUUUUUUUCCUCAUUUUCAUCUCUCGAAAUUUUCAUUUAAUUCUGUUUUUAUUUUAUAAUUUGCAUUUGCGUAUGACAGUACAAGAAGAUUUUUAGAUUUUGCAUGGUUUUCCCAGCAGAUCAGUUUCUGCAAUUCUCUACUGAGUUUUUCGCCGGACCUUGAAGGGUUUUUUAGGGUUUCUAGGUACUAUGAUGGUGGAGCUUGUCAAGUGAAGUCUUUGAUUCAAGAGGGCAAAACAGACUUCUCGCGAGAAACUUUCAUUCUCUGCUGGGAUUUUUAUUUCUUCCGUAAAAUCUUUCAAUUUCCUGCAUUUAAUUAUAUGAACAGUGUCAUUUGUAUUUGAUAUGUGAAGAAAGGGUUUGAUCUGCGAAUCGGUGGACAUAUUUGAGGUUCUUUUUUGUCGUUCUCCGUUUAUUGUUUGAUCUGUCGAUUGGGUUUUGAACUGAUUUUGUCUGAGGCAGAAUUCAUUUUGAAUUGUUGGAAAAUUUUGGGAUUUUAGACAAGGGGUUCUAUCUGACUCCUUUUCUGAUAUUUCGUAAAUGGGUGAUGAUUGGAAAAAUUGAGUGUUUUUGGGUUGCCCAAUAGUGUUAGGUUCUCGGAUUUAAGGGCAAACAAAAAAUGGAUGCGGGAGAAGUUUUUAAUGGGGGAAAUGAAAGCAAAAGUGAAACCAGAAGUCAAGGAUUAAAUAUUGUGGACGAAAUCAAUAUAGCAGAGCCUAAAUCAAAGCCUCAGUGUUCGCAAAUGGAAGUGAUGGAGAUGGAAACUGAUGAAACUGGAGAUUUAACUGUUAGCAAUGGUGGAAAUGAGACUGUAGUUAUUAGUUCACCGAAAGUUGAGGGAGGAAGCAAUGGGAAUGUGGUUUUUUCUAGGGAAGCUCCACUUGUAAGUCGGGAGGAUUUGAGCAUACCCACAUGUAGCUGUGGAGCUGAGAAACUUAAAUCCAGAUUGGCUGCUUCGGAUUCUGAGCCUGGGAAGAAUGAGAAGAAAUUUAGUAGACAAGAUAGAAUUGAGUUAGGGCGGUUUUUUCAGGGUGCUGUGAGUUCACACGAUUGGGAGCUUGCAGAGAGUCUGAUCUUGCUGGCAGAUCCACAGACUCUAAAUGACGCUCUCUGCAUUUCUUUAGAUUCAAUCUGGUUUUUGAGUACACAACAAGAGUUGUAUGGAAUUACUGGGUUGAUCAAGAAGAUUGUCGCCAAUGGGGCAUAUGACUUCACUCGAGCUGCACUUCGGACUUCGUUUCUCGCUUCCUGUGUUUCUGCCUGCCAGAGUCGAACAAUGAGCCUGGCAGAUACUGUAACUGUGAUGGCACAGAGCAGGUUGCAUGAACGACUACAGGAAUGCAAUGGUGAUGAAGUUCUGAAGGCAGAAGCUGGUGCCAAGGUCCAGAAGUUCACAGAAUGGGCUCUUAAAUGUAUAAGUUUCCACUCUCGUUGCCAGGGAAAUAGAGACAGAGUGGGCCGCAACUCUGCCAUUGAGAUCCAGCUACAACUAUCAGCUUUCAAGACCUUUCUAGAUCUUGCUGGCAAUCAUCUUACGGGGAAGGACUUUACUGAAGCAUUUGAUGCAGCUUGCUUCCCACUUACACUCUUCUCUAGUUCAUUUGAUCCUGGUUGGGCAUCUGGUAUAUCAGCAACUGCUAUCCAAGGAUUGUUGGGCAUGCUGGUUGAGGGUGGUGCUGACAAUGUCAACCAAUGUUUUCUUGAAGCUUCACGAUUUGGGAGCACAGAGCUUGUUCGCAUUUUAUUGCAGAUUGCUCAAAGGAACAGCUUGGAUGUUGAUGUUGACCUAGCUUUGGGCUUUGCUUCCCAUUAUUGUAAAAUUGGCACGAUGGAAUGUCUAGUGGAAGAGGGAAAUGCCAUGGCUUUCUUGGGUCCCUUGAUGAGAGCUGCUGAGAGGGGCUGCAAGCCAGUUGUCGAGUGGUUCGUUCAAAGGGGUUGUCGGGACAUGGAAAUUUGUCUAGCUCUUACGGCUGCCACCUCCAGCAGUCAAGUAGAUAUAGCAGCAUAUCUUCUCCCGCAUGUUCCACAGCAUGUUCUUGCUGCACUCAGCAUUGAGAUUCUCAAGGCUGCUGGUGAACGAAGUGGUGGAUCUCUUGAUGGGGUGGCAUUUCUCCUGCGUUCAGACUUUUUAGGGGAUCCUGCCGCUACUUACGCAGUUGCUGACAGCAUUGCUAGAUCUGACGACGAGGCUGUUGCUCAUGACCUCAAGGCUUUUCUUCAAGAACAUUGGUCAGAGGCAGCUUUCUUAGAUGGACUGAAACAAGGGGAAGUACAUUAUUUGAACCUCGUGCAGAUUCUAAAAUGGGGCAAAUCUCCCAUCUGCUUAAGGGAUCUUCCUGGCCCUCUGAGGGUGGCAAUAGCUUACCUUCCACUGUAUAGGGAAUGCAUUAAGGCAGGAGGCCAGUUGUUAUCACAGCGGCACAGAGGGCAACUCGUGGAAGCUGCUAGAAGGCUAGGAGGCUUGAUACUAGAGGAGCCGGGACAGAGAAUAGAAUUACUUGCUGUCUUAGAGCAUCAUCUUCCUCCAUUUUUGCUUAAUGCACCAACUGCCUCUUAGCUAUACAGAAACUCAAGAUUUUGGGAAACCCCCCUCCCCCACUACCCACCCCAAAAAAAUCCCUCCUCUCCCAUGUUAAAGAUAAUAAUGACAUAAUAUCUCGGUUGAAGAUGAUCAAGUUCUAGAGGUUUGUCAGUUUCCUUAACGUCUAUGAAGGUGGCUACUGCCUCAGCUUAUACAAAGCAUACUUAGAAGUGCGUGUAAAAGCUGUUAGAUUGAAGCUGCUAUUUAGAUGUUUUUCUAUGUGAUGGGCAUGUAUAUUGGUUUAAUUCA